AUGGAUAACAUCAAAGAGGGAGAAACGCAUGAGAGCGAAGAAGUUGUAGUGCUCGCCAGUGAGGAAGAUGCGGCCACCCCAGCCCCUCAAGUUCUACAUGGCAACAAAUUAAAUGCGAACGAAAUAGAGCUGGAGCUAAAGGAAUGGAAAACGAAUAAGGAAGACUGCCAAUGCUUUCUGCAAAACAGAACAAUCAUGAAUUUCGCAGACUAUAUAUCGAAAUACGAUAGCGAAAUUAAGAAAAAAAAAGAACAAGAAGAAAUUGUCAUCAUCUGCACCAUUGUUAAUAUACCUUACCAAGUCAGGAAGUACAAUAACGAAAAAUUUAUUUUCUGGGACAUUUCCGAUUUGCAAAACACACAAUCCAGGAUCUUCCUCACGGGAGAAAUUUGUGAACAAUUUGAAGCGGAAACAGAAGGAGCCGUUAUCGCCCUUGUCAACCCAGUUGUAAAGGACAAGGAUCCACAGUAUUAUAACUCCAGGUUGUUAGAAGUGUUGGAUAAAACAAAAUUAAAAGUUAUUGGUUUAAUCGAUAAAUUGGAAAGGUGUAAGGGAAGGAAGCGAAAUGGGGAGAGCUGCAAAAUUGUCAUUUACACCCCGCUCUAUGGCCACUUUUGCAAGUACCACAUUAAGCAGGAUAGAACAAAACGAGGGAAGAAAAAGUAUGGCAAAAGCGCCAGGUACGUGGAAGUGGGACCAAUUACGUGGGACGAGGGGGAAGAAGGUGCAGCGGCGGAUGAAGUGAACGCAGGGGACGGAAAUGAAAACGGCUCCUCCACCACAACCACCGAGACAGAGAAGAAUAAAAAGAAGAAGAAAAAGAAAAAGGAAGACACAGGCGGUACUGAUGGAGGGGACGCUUCGAACGCGCCCGACGGAGAAUCCUUCGACAUCGAAUCCAUCAUAGGCAUGUACACAAACAAAAUACUGGUAAAGGAUAAAAAAAAAAAAAAGGAACUGGUGGAAAACAGAAUAAAAGAACUGGACAACUUUUCAAAGCUAACGAAUGAUGGACUUGAUCUGGAGCUCCUGAGUCAAAAGGAACCCACAGAAAAAGAAGAAGCCGCAAGGACGCAGAAGUCUGCCAACGAUAUCCUAACAGAACAGUGCCCCGAACUUAUACACUUAAUUUACAAAUCAAAUAAGGCGGAUGAAGAUGAACAAGAAGUUAGCCAAAAGGAAAAAUUAAGAAUUAAAGAAGAAUCUCGAAAAAAAACUGAACAGGUGGCUGCAUCCAAUGAAGAAAAGCAAAAAAAGAGGUUUGAUAAUUUCUUAGUCAAAUUAAUUGAGUUACAAAAAUCGAAAGACGAAAAUGAUGUGAAGACUCUUUUAAAGGGUCUCAUUUAUGUAACCAAUAACUUCCACUUUAGCUUAAAACAUGUAAGCAGCUCCAACAUCUUUGACGUGUGCUACAAACUUAUGGAUCACAGGAGUGAGGAAGUUGCUAUCGCGGCUCUGAAAUUCAAGAGGAAAAUUAACACCCUUUAUAUUGAUUACUAUAAAAAUAAGCUUAAGAGGCAGAAAGUUAAACAGUCUGCGAAGGAGGGUGAGGAUGCUGCUCACGUCGAGGUGGACAAAGGCGAACAGGACCAGCAGGUGUGUGCAUAA